AUGUGUGAUAGAGGUAUUUUCGAGACCUUAUUGUUGUAAUCCGCUUUCUGUUGUUGUAGGACGUAAGUUGCGUUUAGUUUUAGAUCUUAGUAGAUCCGUUAAUCCUUUCGUUAAAAACUUUAAGUUUAAAUAUGAAGGUCUUCCUACUUUGGCGGUUAUGUUUCGUGAGAAUUUUUGGUUUUUCACCUUUGACAUUGAGUCGGGUUAUCAUCAUUUGGAUAUUAACUCUAAUUUUUGGAAAUUUCUAGGAUUUUCGUGGUCUUUCAAUGGCGUUGUUAGGUAUUUUGUUUUCAGAGUUUUGCCCUUCGGUCUGUCUUCAGCUUGUUAUUUAUUUACGAAGAUGUUUAAACCGUUCGUUGCUCGUUGGAGAUCCUUUGGUAUUUUUGCUAUUGUGUAUAUUGAUGAUGGAAUCUUUGCCUGCAGAUCGUUAUUAG